AUGGCGGAUAACCAAAGCGAAAUAAGCUCUGCAGACUCUGCUGAAGCUCAGAAUCAACUACAGAAUGAGCAAUCAGAACACCUCUCAGACUCACCAUGGGCCAAAUUUACCGCGGAACAACUUAUGGAAAACUGUCCAUACACAGUUGCACUCAAGGUCAUCAAUACAGCUCUCUGGGGUGUACCCGCACCGGCGGACGCAAAUGAGACACACGCAACAACGUGGGUCGCUAAAGCUAUCCACGACUACAAUGUGUCAAUGGCCUGGGACGAUGACCUCUUCAUUGACUACAAAUGGGACUUUGAAGGAUGGACGAAGGAGCUAUUUAGCAAGGUUGAGCGUGGUACACUAAGGUCUCUUAAGAGUGUGCUACGACACCGGGGAGUAUACACUGGCAACAAUCACGCCAGGGUGGCGGACUCUCUCUACAACAUUCUAGGUAUAGAGAAUACUCUUGAAUGGGAACCAGCAGAGUUUCGAGCCGUGAAAUUCGACCAACAGUCCGAAGCGUACCAGCGCCAGCAGAGCAAUAAACGCCAACAGGACACUCAGCACACAGUCUAUCCAGCUGUACAACAACCACCGCAAGUACAACAACCGCCGCAAUUACAACAACCGCCGCAAUUACAACAGCCACCGCAAGUACCACAGCCGUCGCAAUUACAACGACCGUCGCAGGGCGAGCAACAAGAGCAGUAUAGAUUCUCUAAGCUAUGGGACAAUAGCAACAAGUAUACAGGGAAUGCGUACGAUCUCCUAGACGAUAAGAUCAAGAUCUUCUUCAGCAUCUGCUGGCAGGUAGAUAUCCAAGAAGAGCAGUUUCACGCAGUGUUUCCCCGUAUCCUUACCGGACGUGCAGAGACAUUCUACAUACAGGUUGUAGAGAGAGAUGACAGCUUUGCUGAUGCGUACAUGGCAAUCAAAAACCACUUCGACCAUGACGUCCAUCACCAGCACUACUACACAGACUGGACGACUACAACCUUCGCUCGCACCCGCACAGAGAACCCCGACAAGGGACUACACGAGGUUCUGCAGAUCCUGCUUGACAAGCUGCAGCUAUGCCAGCGUGCCCUUGGCAAGAACUUUGAGGGCGAGGAUGCCCUACGUACCACUGUCAUCAAUGCCUGCCGAGGAGUACCAGAGCUUGAGAUGGCACUGUUCAAACCAGCCACAAUCUGUGAAGGACUCUUCUCAGACCUACGUUCUGCAGUUGAGACACACCUUGCACGGCAACACACUGCCCAGAUGGUCACAGAGGACCAAUAUUACUUAGAUCGCCGAUACAACGGCAAUAGAAGAAUCCGAGGUGGAUCUCGAGGUGGAGGAGGAUUCAGAGGCGGAUCCAGAGGAGCAUAUCGAGGAGGCGAGCAGCGCGACGACAACGGACGAGGAUUCAAGCCACGCUGGAGGAAGAAAUGCUUUGUUUGCCAGAAGGAAGGAUGCUGGUCUACCAACCACACAGACGAAGAGCGCAAGGCUGCCCGUACACAGUUCUUCUCUACGCUAUACUUUACAGGUACACAGCCCCCCAAGGACUUCUCCGUACAUCUUGCAGAAUACGAAGGGAUCGAGCACACUAGCCAGUACAAUCAGAGAGGCUGGAGAGAGGAGGAAGACUGCGAGGAUGACGACGAUGACGACGUCGCGGAAGCAUACCUUGAACACCAGUUUUUCACGGAGCAAUGCCUUGCAGAUCAGGCGUUCUUGCACCACAUCUCUGGCGACGACGUAUACCGCCAAGACGCGCCAUCAGCGCCAGCGUCACAGCUCCUGCUUGAAGACCGCUACACAAGAUCUGUGUACCAAGGGAUCCUACCGGAUACAGGCGCUGCCAACGUAUCCACAGUUGGCAAGGAGCAGUACCUUGCACUCACAAGGGAAGAUCCUACAGUUAGGAUGGAUACGUCUACAGCAGGAAAGGCAUCUAUCAAAUUCGGCAAGGGCGAGGCUACAUCAUCUAUUGGCACUGCACAGGUCUCUACAGACAUUGGGACGAUCAACUUUGAGGUGCUUGACGCACCUACACCAUUCUUAUUGUGCCUUGCAGACAUGGACAGGUUAAAGGUCUACUUUAACAACACCACAGAUGAGCUAGUCCAGGGUGACCUCCACAGCUCCGCACCGCGCCGAUUCAAAUUCACUCUCAAGGAUGAUCACCACUUCAACUAUGAGAUCCUGGUGGAUGUGAUGUACCUGAGCAACAAACCUGUACUGCAUGUGGUCGAUUCCUCAACAGCGUUUCAAGGCGCGAGGUUCCUUAGCGCUAUCUCAGCUAAAGAAACAUGGCAAGCACUGCGGAUACUAUGGAUCGACACGUAUCAAGGACCACCAGACAUUAUCACGCAUGACGCAGGCACUAACUUUGCAAGCACAGAGUUCCGCGCAGAAGCAAAGAUCAUGGGAGUCACAUGCAAGCAAGUACCUACGGAGGCGCACUGGUCUAUCGGCAAAACUGAGAGGUACCAUGCACCUCUACGCCGCGCAUGGGACAUACUCUAUGCAGAACUCACUGACACUAUGUCCGACGACGCGAUUCUCCAGAUGGCUGUGAAGGCUGUCAACGAUACUGCUGGCCCCGAUGGACUAGUCCCGACGCUACUGGUCUUUGGAGCGUACCCACGAAUGACUGCAGAGUCACCGCCAUCCCCGUCAAUGGUCAAGCGCAGCGAGGCUAUUCAAAAGGCGACGAAAGCCCUACGCAAGAUCACGGCAGAGCACCAAGUUGCAGACGCCUUGAACACCCGCAAUGGACCAGCCACUGCAGACAUGCUCGCGCUCCCACUCCAGAGCGAAGUCUUAGUAUGGAGAGAGAGUGAUGGCUGGAAUGGCCCGUACAAGAUCGCCAGUACAGAUGGCCACAACGUCACUGUUGACAUGGUCAAUGGUCCAACGACAUUCAGAUCCACUGUCGUCAAGCCAUACUACAGACCGGACCACCUUUGGAGCGACCCCGAUGCGCCACACGCGCCGAAUGAGCCGCAUGAGCCGGGUAGCAGUACCACCGGCAGUGCAACCACGCAGGAGAGGCCGCCCUCCAGGGUCAAAGAACAAGCGGAAGGCGCACGCCGAUGUAGCCAGCGCCUGAUUAUGUCGCUGGCGCCCGAGAUGGUACAACGCGGAAUGAACAUCGAGCUCCGUGACAUUACGCAGGCGUAUCCCCAGGCGCAGACAACCCUGAAGAGGACGAUACUCGCACAUCUUCCUACUGAGCUAGUCCAUCGAUAUCCAGAAGGCACGCUACUCCAUGUGAUCAAGCCGCUGUAUGGAAUCGCUGAGGCAGGAGUCCACUGGUGGACAACGUAUCACGGACACCAUUGCAAGGAACUGGACAUGGCAACAUCGACGUACGACCCAUGCCUAUUGAUCACGAACAGAGACGACGCAGGCAUCUUCGGCAUCGUUGGCAUGCAGACAGACGACACUCUCAUGCUCGGGACACCAGCGUUCUCGUCACGUGAAGAGAAGAAGAUCCAGAAGGCAGAGUUCAGGUCAAAGCCAAAAGCAAGGCUGACACCAGAAGUGCAGUUAGACUUCAAUGGAUGUACACUCACGAUGGACGCCAGCAGAGUCUUGACCCUUAGGCAGAAAGGACAAGGAGGAAGGAUCAGGCUUGUGGAUAUCAGGGCACCCGACCGCGCGCAACAGUACACCGAGCAGCGCGCCCGCGGAGCGUACAUCGCAUCAACAUGCCAACCAGAGGCGUCAUUUGACCUGUCCGUCGCUGCUCAAGCUCAGCAACCAUCAGACGAGGACAUCAAGGCACUCAACAAACGCCUGAAAUGGCAGAUGGAGAAUCUCGAUCGUGGCCUGCGCUACGUCACUGUCAAUCUUAUGGAGGCCAAGUUGAUGGUCUUUGUGGAUGGCUCCUUUGCCAACAACAAGGACCUCAGCUCACAGCUAGGCUUUGUCCUUAUGCUCGUCAACGAGUCUAUUGACGUCAACACCUUCACAAUACAGGGCAACGUGAUCCACUACAGCUCUACAAAAUGCAAGCGCAUCACACGGAGCGUACUGGCCUCAGAGAUCUACGGCAUGGUCAACGGCUUUGACAUAGGCAUUGCAGUUGCAACCACGCUGAGGAUAGUUACAGAACGACUUAGACUACCUGCAAUUCCCUUGGUUAUCUGUACAGACUCGUACUCCUUGUACGAGUGCCUAGUAAAGCUUGGGACGACGAAGGAAAAGCGUCUCAUGAUCGACAUCAUGGCGCUGCGCCAAUCAUAUGAGCGUCGCGAGAUCACGGAGAUCCGCUGGAUCAAUGGUGAAGACAAUCCUGCAGACGCCUUCACCAAGGCAUCGCCAAACCGCGCUCUUGAACGCUUUAUUGACGGCAAUAAGCUGACAGUCCGAGUAGAGGGAUGGGUGCAGAGGCCGACAAGCUUUGAUGGUUGAUGCUACACACAGUUACCAUCAACACAUACUGUCACUACCGAUACAAGCAGAGUUACUAGCUACCCAGAAAGAAAAGACUUCCAGUGUCGGAUCGUGAGUAUCGGUAGAGACGUCGGCUGCUGGACACUUCGGCCCGACUUCGGCCCACCUUGCGCAGAGCUUAGGUAUACCUUCGUAGCAGCUGUGUUCGUAAUAAAUCAAUCACCAUCACC